AUGGAAACCAAAGCGGCUCCCGUUACUGAAAGUUCAACUACUAAAAAAUCUAAGAAUGCUGAUAAAAAUGAAGCAAAAAGACAAGCAAAGCUAGCAAAAUUUGCUGCAAAACAGGCAAAAUUAUCAGCAACUUCAAAAGUGAAUGAAAAUGAAAGUAAAAAAGAAAAAAAGUCCAAAUCUGAUAAAUCCAUUACCAAAAAUGAAAAUGAAUUUAUUGAUGAUGUCCCUCCUGGACAAAAAAAAGAUAUGUCCAAGCCAAUGGCAUCAAAAUAUAACCCAAAAGCUGUAGAAUAUUCCUGGUAUACUUGGUGGGAAAAAGAAGGCUUUUUUGAACCUGAAUUUGACUCUGAUGGAAAUCCUAAGCCCGAAGGUUUAUUUGUUAUUCCCUGCCCCCCACCAAAUGUCACAGGUUCUCUUCACAUAGGUCAUGCUUUAAUGGUUGCAAUACAGGAUGCUUUGAUAAGAUGGAAUCGAAUGUUAGGCAAAACAGUAUUGUAUAAUCCAGGGAUAGAUCAUGCUGGUAUUUCUACUCAAUCUGUUGUAGAAAAAAAACUUUGGGUUGAAAAGAAAAUAACUCGUCAUGAUCUUGGUCGUAAAGUUUUUAUUGAUGAAGUUUGGAAGUGGAAGGAUAAAUACGAGCAUCGAAUUCGUGAACAAAUGAGACGUCUUGGAGGAUCAUAUGAUUGGUCCCGUAAUGUUUUUACUAUGGAUCCGAAAUGUAAUAAAGCUGUUAUUGAAACAUUUUGCACUUUGCAAGAAGAAGGAAUCAUAUAUAGAGCAACAAGAUUGAUAAAUUGGUGUGUAAGAUUAAAUACGGCAUUGUCAAAUCUUGAGGUAGAAAAUAAAGAAUUAUCGGGUUCUACACUAUUAUCGGUUCCUGGAUACAAUCCAGAAGAAAAAUUUGAAUUUGGUGUUCUAACAUCUUUUGCUUAUCAAAUUGUGGAUUCUGAUGAAAAAAUAAUUGUUGCGACAACACGUCCAGAAACAAUGCUUGGUGAUACUGCAGUAGCCAUUCAUCCUAAGGAUGAAAGAUAUAAGCACCUUCAUGGAAAGUUUGUGAUUCAUCCUUUCAAUGAAAAGAGAUUACCUAUUGUUCUUGAUGAUAUAAUUGUUGAUAUGAGUUUUGGCACUGGUGCUGUCAAAAUUACGCCAGCUCAUGAUUUUAAUGAUUAUGAAGUUGGAAAGAGACAUAAUCUUAAAUUCAUCAAUAUUCUUAAUGAUGAUGGUACAAUAAAUGAAAAUGGUGGUCCAUUCAAAGGAAUGAAACGUUUUCAUGCUAGAAAUGCAGUUGUUGAUGCUCUUAAAGAAAAAGGACUAUUCAUAGAAACCAAACCAAACCCAAUGAGUGUUCCAAUUUGCGCUAAAUCUGGUGAUAUUAUAGAGCCCUUAUUAAAGCCUCAAUGGUGGAUAAAUUGUUCAGACAUGGCAGCAGAAGCAAUGAAGGCUGUAAAAGAUGGGAUGCUUACUAUUGCACCUAAAACUUCUGAAAAUGAUUGGUUUAGAUGGCUUGGAAAUAUCCAAGAUUGGUGUAUUUCUAGACAACUUUGGUGGGGACAUCAAAUUCCUGCAUAUUUUAUAAAAAUAGAAAACAAAGUACAAGAUACAUCUGAUGGUAAUUAUUGGGUUGCUGCUCGAAGUUUAGACGAAGCAACUGAAAAAGCAAAGAAGAAAUUCCCUGGUGUUGACUUUACUUUAGAACAAGAUCCUGAUGUUUUAGAUACAUGGUUUUCUUCUGGACUAUGGCCAUUCUCUAUUUUUGGUUGGCCCGAAAAUACUGAAGAUCUGAGUAAAUUUUAUCCAACUACAUUAUUGGAGACUGGAUGGGAUAUUUUAUUUUUCUGGGUUGCUAGAAUGGUCAUGCUUGGUAUAAAACUUACCGGAAAAACACCAUUUAAAGAAAUUUUUUGUCAUGCUAUGAUACGAGAUGCUCAUGGAAGAAAAAUGAGCAAAACAUUGGGAAACGUUGUAGAUCCGGUAGAUGUAAUUCAAGGUAUAUCAUUAAAUGAUCUACACGGAAAAUUAUAUGAAGGAAAUCUUGAUCAACGUGAAAUUGAAAAAGCAAAAUCUGGACAAAAGGCCGAUUUUCCAAAUGGUAUUCCAGAAUGUGGCACAGAUGCAUUGCGAUUUUCUUUAUGUGCAUAUACUUCUGCAGGACGUGAUAUUAACCUUGAUAUUCUUCGUGUUGAGGGUUAUCGUAAAUUUUGCAAUAAAAUAUGGAAUGCCACAAGAUUUACAUUAAUGAAAUUGGGCGAAGAUUUUCAACCUAGACCAGACUCAAAGGCAUUAAUUAUUUAA